GCUGUGGCGUAUGGAACACUCCAUCCGUGCAACUCACGUUCAGUUGUCCGUUGCAUUUAAUACAUGCUGACAAACCUGUAGUCGUAUUUCUAUGUUACACUAGCAGUUGCAUCUAAAACUGUUCGCAAUUUUGAAAGCCGUAUACGAAUUGCGGAAACAGGACGUUCUUGUAUCAAAGGUCGUCGACACGCCUUACUUCGUCCUUAUUAGAAACACCAAACUAAUACUUUGGACAUACAUGUGAUGUCCUAACCCAUAUUGCAUCGCCCCAGUUACCAUAUCUGUAUAAAUAACCAGUGGCACCUAACUUCCACCAUGAAUCUACUCCCCAGAAGACGAAGCGUCGUCAUCAAGAUUCUUGUGCUCGUGUUAGUCACGUGGUUUUUGUUCACAGUACUUAUAACUUAUAACGAUAAAGUGACUACUGAUAAAGACAUCGAAAUAAGAAACGCUCCUAACAAGAACGUGAUUUUAGUAAAUAAAAAACUUGCAGAAAUCAACAGACUAGCUUUCAAAAAUUAUAAAUCUGUAUCUUCACAACCGCCAGGAGUCCACCACAAGUAUGAUAAUAAAAGUGUGGUAGCCGACGUCCCUGGGAGCCAAGAUCAUGAAGUACUUCCGCUACCCAGAGAUCCUGUUAAUAAAAGUGUGGUAGCCGAUGUCCCUGGGAGCCAAGGUCAUGAAGUACUUCCCUUACUCAGAGAUCCUGAUGGUCCAGGGGAGAUGGGAAAACCAGUGAAACUGAAUAAUUUGACACAGUCUCAACAAGCGAUGGUAAAGCAAGGAUGGGAUAAGAACGCUUUUAACCAAUAUGUUAGUGAUCUUCUAUCUCUUCAUAGGAGCCUUCCUGACGUCAGAGAUAAGGAAUGUCGAGGCAUCAAAUAUUUGGACAUCUUACCACAGACUAGUGUUAUUGUAUGCUUUCACAACGAAGCUUGGAGUGUCCUUUUGCGGACAGUUCACAGUAUCCUCGACAGAUCACCUCAACACCUAAUCAAGGAAGUUAUUCUGGUAGAUGACUUUUCUGACCAACCCCACCUUCUCCGCCAGUUAGAUGACUACGUGACUCGGCUUCCUAAGGUCCGAGUGGUCCGAGCUCGCCGGAGGGAGGGACUGAUCAGAGCUCGGCUUCUAGGAGCGUCUGUAGCUACAGCAACCGUCCUGACUUAUCUGGACUCCCAUUGUGAAUGUACCGAAGGGUGGUUGGAGCCCCUGUUGGACCGUAUUGCACAAAAUUCUACAACAGUGGUUUGUCCAGUGAUUGAUGUAAUCAAUGAUGAUACAUUUGAGUAUCACUUCAGAGAUUCUAGUAGUCUGAAUGUUGGUGGAUUUGAUUGGAACCUUCAGUUUAACUGGCAUGGGAUUCCAGAUAGAGAGAAAAAACGCCGCAAGCACCAAUGGGACCCUGUGUGGUCUCCAGCAAUGGCAGGGGGAUUGUUUGCUAUUGACAGGACGUUUUUUGAAACACUUGGAACUUAUGAUAGUGGGUUUGACAUAUGGGGAGGAGAGAACUUAGAACUAUCUUUUAAGACAUGGAUGUGCCAUGGAACAUUAGAAAUAGUUCCUUGCUCUCAUGUGGGUCACAUCUUUAGGAAAAGAAGCCCCUACAAAUGGAGGUCAGGGGUAAACGUACUGAAGAGAAACACAAUUCGACUGGCAGAGGUCUGGCUAGAUGAUUAUGCUAAGUAUUACUACCAAAGGGUAGGCUACGACUUGAUAUGUAUUGGGUGUGAUCAUUUCGAUUUGCAGGGUGAUUUUGGAGACGUAAGUUCAAGGAAAAAGUUGAGAAAAAAGUUAAAAUGUAAAAGUUUUGAUUGGUACAUUAAAAAUGUCUAUCCAGAACUCUUUGUACCUGGAGAUGCUGUUGCUUCUGGAGAGGUACGCAAUUUGGGCGAAGGGUCCACCACGUGCCUUGACAGCCCUGCCCGUAGGGACGACCUUUACAAACCUGUAGGUCUCUAUCCUUGUCAUCGACAGGGUGGCAAUCAGUACUGGAUGCUUAGUAAACGAGGAGAGAUCAGAAGAGAUGAAGCUUGUUUAGACUUUGCGGGUCAAGAUGUGAUACUCUAUCCUUGUCAUGGUUCCAUGGGCAAUCAGCAGUGGAUUUAUAACCCAAAUAAUCACAGUAUUCAGCAUGGUAGCAGUCGUAAGUGUCUGGAAAUGGCACCUGAUAAACAAAAUGUGUUUAUGAAGGAAUGUACAAACAGCUCUCUUCAACGGUGGAUGUUCCAGAAUUACAACCCGUCCAAAUCAGUAAAUCUAUUUAUCUAUUCUUAAAAGAUACUGGAAACCAUAAAGUUGCCACACUAUAUACUAUGCUCAUUUGGCAUGAGGAUCUAUCAUUCCAUCUCAAACCAAACACUAGGAUUAUGAGGAUAGUUUUGUAUAGCUAUUAACUUGGAAUUGUAUUGAGAGAUAUGACAUGGCAUAUAAAUUUAUAUUUGUUAAGGUAGUGUUAUGUGUGUUAUCUGAAAAGCACCCAAAGUGCCCUUCUGACCUCUCAGUAAUUAUGUUUUGAAGGCUGUGGAAUUUAGUGUCAAUCCUCCAAUGGUCUUCUUUAAAUAAAAUAUUAAUUAGGGAGGAGAAUUAUCACAUAUAUUGGUGUGUGCUUAUAAUUAAUUAAUUCAUUAUAUAUAUUUAUAUAUAUAAUGACACAUGAAGACUGUUGCUAUAACUG